GUGAAAUACAUACGACAGAGAAAGAAAACCGAAAGACGACAUCAAUUGUGUAGUCUUUGGAGUGAUUGUAAGAAUCCAUUUCCAUGGCGGCUAUGGAAGCUGCUGAAGCACCAGAGCUGGCUCUGGCCGACACCGACGUCAACUGGGACAGGUUGGACAAGACGAGGUUCCAUGUAAUAGGGGCAGUGCUGUUCACAUUGCAGCAAGGAAUGCUGCAUCCGACGGCGGUGGUGAAGACGAGAAUGCAAGUAGCGGAUUCAGGGCUUUCCCACAUGCGUGGCACCACGGUGUUUAGGCACAUUUUGAAGAGUGUUGGCAUUCUUGGCCUCUACAGGGGAUUUGCGACAUCCGCCAUUGGAUCUUUGCCGGGGAGAGUGCUGGCAUUGACAUCCUUGGAAGUGUCAAAAGACAUGAUGAUGAAGUACACUCAAGACCUCGACUUGCCUGACGCCACGCGUGUGGGCCUCGCCAAUGGGGUGGCUGGCAUGUUCUCCAAUCUGGUUUCUUGUGUCUACUUUGUGCCCUUGGAUGUGAUAUCCCAGAGACUAAUGGUUCAAGGUCUUCCCGGAACUACUUACUGCAAGGGCCCAUUUGAUGCCAUUCGCAAAGUGAUGAAGACCGAAGGUCUUCGUAAUUUGUACAGAGGGUUCGGAUUAACGGCAGUGAUACAGUCACCAGCGUCUGCACUCUGGUGGGGUGCCUAUGGUGCUUCCCAACACAUCGUUUGGAGGAGUUUAGGCUAUAGAGAUGAUGUGGACAAGAAACCAUCUCAUAUGGAGAUGGUCACAAUUCAGGCGACAGCGGGAAUGAUUGCCGGUGCUUGUUCAUCGGUUAUCACUACUCCAAUUGACACUGUAAAGACAAGGCUUCAGGUUAUUGAUGAUUACGGGGUAGGAAGACCAUCGGUUCUAAAGACAGCAAAGACACUCUUUAAAGAAGAUGGCUGGUGGGGCUUCUAUAGAGGAUUCGGGCCUCGGUUCUUAAACAUGUCACUCUAUGGAACUACAAUGAUAGUUACUUACGAACUUAUAAAGAGACUAUCAGUAAAGAAGGAAUGACAUACUAAAGACAAGGUUGUUUGCUGCUGAAGUCGAUUCCUAAACUAAGAGGAACGGAACUACAUAACAUUACACACCAACUCAACAAACUUUGUUGCAAUUGAUUGGGUUCUGUCGUUUUUGUUAUUUUCUUUCUUUCUUUCUUUCUUUUUGCAAGCAUGUAAAUAUA